AUUGGCUUUUUCACCUAAGGGGCGUGCGUGCUGUGCUGGCUCAUCACAUAGCCUUGCACAGGCCUACAGUUCUGUGCUUGCACAGGUCCCCGGCGGGACUCCUCUGCAGUUUGUCAGGGCUGUUUAACUCUUGCUGGGAAUUGCGAAAAUCUCGGUUUCUAUUGCAAGUAAUGCAAAGAAGGUGUCAUUAGCACAUCCUGGCAUGCACACUCGAUUUGAUAGCAUCUUGGGUCAUUUGAAUCACUUGGUCCAGGGGUCAUGCCCAUUUUAAAGAUUUUUUAAAAUCCCAAUUUAUCAGUGGGAAUCUGAUAUUCCUUGUCUUCUAUAAUAACUAUUCUCCUUCCAUCAAGUCCAACUUAGACUAAAUUCGUGGUUUUGCUUGGCAAGUGCCUUCUCUGAAUCUUGGUUUCCCCAUCCAUGAAAUGGGAAUAACAACCCACUGAGAUUAGUAAGGUCUUGGGGCGUGGUGGCUGUCGCCGUCAGGCUGUGAAGGCCUCUGUUGCAGGACCCUGGUGAGUUUCACCCUCCUGAUCGACUACUUCCGAGCUCUCCAUCAGGGAAUGGAGACAGGUGCAUGGGGUGACAGGCAGAGGCCCGUCUUACUGGGGUCACAUGGUAACCCCCUGCUGUGAUGUAACAGCUGCUGCCAUGCCCUGUGCCCUUGCUGUGUGCCAGGCCCAGGGCUGGCUAGGGCCUGGCCUUCUCUCCUUCCCACCUCACCACCUUCUGCCAGCUGGGAGCGUCGAGCACCAAGUUCCAAGGACUGCCAGGGAGGUGGGUGACUUGUCCCUCGCCCCCGCAUGACAGCCCAGGGCAGGGACGAGCUUGCCUGCAUGGCUGAGGUCUGGCUUCCGAGCCACCGUGUGAUCUUUGGCAAGAGACUGGAGCCGAGGAUGUGGACAGCCCAGCUGCCUCCACCUUGCCUCUCGGCUGGCUGCCCCCGCCGGACCCGCAUUUGGACAUGACCCAAGAAGAGCCAGAUGAGGCCCUCGCAAGUGCCAAGGCUGAGGAGGGAGGGGAGAGCUCCCCGUCACUGGAGGAGGAGGCUGGUCCCAGCUCGGAGGGCGAUGGAGACACCUGCCUCGUGGCCCUGGGCCAGGCUCAGGCCAGAGGCUGGACGGCCUCUGGCAGACAAGGCAGCAGAAACAGACUUCUAGAACAUUCUGAGGUCAACUCGGCAAGGUCCUGGAGCAGUGGAACCGUGAGCCUUGGCCACCUUAGUGACAGUCUUGAUUCUCCCUGGGAAGGAGACCUCGAUGUCCCCGGGCCCCCCGCCCUGGAGGAAACCUUGCCACUGAACCCCAGCAACCACCCCCUAAACCCAGAUGUCAGAACUGGAGGCACUGUUGCCCCGGUGACCCCCACGGAAUUCCAGGACACAGCGGCCCCAGCCCAGCGCUCUGGGUGCACUGCAGGCAGAUGGAGCAAAGACACCAUCGGCGUCUCCUGCCCUCAGCCCGAGGACCAGACCUGGAAGCGGACAAAGACAUCCCCGAAACCACUCCCUUCCCGAUUCACCGGCUCCAUCAGCCCCAUGAAUCCUCGGCCUAGGCCAGCCCAGAAGAACAAGAUGCCGCCCAAGCAGGGAGCCACUCUGGCCAGCCACUCGUCUUCUGAUGUCCCCAUGUAUGGCCGGGGGCGGCUGAACUACCCACUCCCUGAUUUCUCCAAGGUGGGGCCCCGGGUGAAGUUCCCCAAAGAUGAAAGCUACCGCCCCCCCAAGUCCAGGAGCCACAAAGGGCAGCCUCAGGGCCCUGCCAGGCCCCUGAUCUUCAAGUCCCCGGCAGAGAUUGUGCGAGAGGUCCUGCUGAGCAGCGGAGAAGCCUCCCCGGUGAAGGACCCCCCUCCAGCCCACCCCAUCACCAGGGUACCCCAAGAGUUUCAGACGCCGGAACAAGCCACUGAGCUAGUCCACCAGCUGCAGGAGGACUACCACAAGCUACUCACCAAGUAUGCAGAGGCCGAGAACACCAUCGACCAGCUGCGCCUCGGGGCCAAGGUGAACCUGUACUGGGACCCUCCCCAGCCCAGCCACAGCACCCAGCACAAGGGGAGGCCGGUGCAGGGGGCCCAGGCCUUGUCCUUCACCAUUCCGCAGCCCCGCUCAGCACAGUGGUGGCCAGCCCCCGCCACAGAGCCCCAGAGCUCGGAGGCCUCAGGGUGGCCGAUGGCUCGAGGAGACCUGGGUGCCUCCUUGCCCCCCAGCCUGCCCACCCCAGGCUGGCUCCCAGAAGACCAGGCCAUCGCCCCGGAGCAGCCCCCUGCGGAGUGGACCGAGGCACUGGCUUCUCAGGCCCAUCGGAUCCUGGCCCAGGUGGACUCCUUCGAAGGGCUGAUGCAGGCAGGCCAGCUCACGCCCCGGAACCAGCUCAAGGGCUUCCAGCGGCUACAGGCUGCCCAUAGGGCCCUGGAGGAGGAAUACCUGAAGGCCAGCAGGGCGCAGCACCUGGCCCGGCAGCUUGCAGGCUCCGAGGGGACACCUGGGAAAUUUGAUCCUGGCAGGGAGCUGGAAAUGAAGAUCUACCAUCUGGGAACUCGUCUGGAAGAGCUGAAGGACCUCGUGAACCAGACCCAGCAAGCCCCUGAGCCGUCUGGGUGCGACUCAGCUCCGGACAUUGCGCCGGACAUUGCGCCAGCCAUGCCCUCAUCCCGCCAGCCCAGACAUCUGCCCACCCCUCCGGGACAGACCCCCGCACCAGACAGUGAGACCGCCUUCCUGGAGUCUGCCGCCACUGGCCCUGGCCCUGGACCAUUGCACGUGAACGUGGAGGUGACCUCUGGCAGCAGUGAGGUGGGGGACAGGCCCAGAGAGCUCCCAGCCCUGCUGCGGUGCAAGGAGCUGCAGAUGGAGCAAGAUUUCCAAGGCCUCCUGGACCGGAACCUCAGUGUGAAGUCUCUCUCAGAGGUCUUGAGGAUGGAGGAAGAGGAGGAGGAAGAAGAGGAGGAGGAAGGCCACACUCUGGAAGUCGAUGGGCCAGCUCUGGUGCCAGGGAAUGCCGAAGCCAACAGGAUGUGCCGAACGCAGCACCCAGCACAGGCUGAGAAAGGUCACGGGGCGCCCGUUGAGGAGCCCGUGGAACAGAUGGUGUCCCUGAAGCCACGAGGCCUACAGACAGCCAUGGCCAGAGAAGGGCACGUGCCAGGCCUGGGCUCUGCUGGGACGGCGACUCUAGGCCCUGGUGUGCCAUCGUCCCCCGCUCUGGGUGCCAAGUCUGAGGCGUCCCACCAGAGCAGUGAGAGCAGCCUGCCAGGAAGUGGCUUCUCCGAGCGCCUGCUGCCGAAGUCUCUGCACCACGCCGGCGGGCCCCAUGCAGAGGAGCCCUGGAUGGCAUCCCCCGAGACAGACAGCGGCUUUGUGGGCUCAGAGACCAGCAGGGUGUCGCCCCUCACGCAGACCCCGGAACACCGGCUCGCCCACGUCAGCACCCCAGGGACAUCAAGCCAGCCCUUAACUGCACCUGUGCCUCACGAUGGAGCCUCUCACCCCAAGGCCAGGGGUUCUGCCAUGGCCGGAAGAGCCAGGGAGCCCAGCACGCCCCGGAGCCGAGCCCAGAGGCCCCUCUCCAGCCCCAGCAGUCCGCCGCAGCCCAGGAGAUCCGGCUUCCGCGGGGAGCGGGCCCCGCUGGCCGAGAUGGCGACCCCCAGCUCCGAGUUCGAGAGGCCAAAGCAGAGUGCUGGACAGCUCCUCCCCAGCAGGACAAUCGGCCCAGCCCCGACCCCGGCCCCAGCAGCUGCCCCUCUGCCCUAUGCACCUACGACGGGGACCGCCCCCAACUUCGUUCUCAGCAGGGCGGGCCGAGACCAGGCCAUCCGUGAGCUGCAAGAGGAGGUGUCACGGCUCCGUCUGCGUCUGGAGAGCAGCCUGCACCGACCGCCCCAGGGCAGCCCCGUGCACCCAGUGUCUGCCUCCCACCCCCCCGCCCGGCCCUGGGACCGGCCUUCGGACUCAGCCACCCGGGGCUCCCACUUUGGCAGUAAAUCCACAGAGAGAUUGUCUGGGGAGCCGGGAUGUGCAGAGCGAGCUUCGCCCGCAGGAAGGCAGCGACCCAGGUCCUCCUCGGUGCCCCGGCUGCCCCUGGGUUCCGAAUCUGAGCCUCCCUCCCCGCAGCUGUUGUCUGAGAAGAGCAGGACCCCCGAGGACGAGGCACAGGUGGCUCGGGACGGAAUGAGAGCGGUGGGCAGCACCAGGCGCCCGGACAGGGUCACCUUCCGGGGCCAGUACACAGGUCAGGAGUACCAGGUUCUGCCCCCCAAGGCUGUGCCGAGAGAUGGUGGGGCUGCCUCCUGUCCUAACUGCCUGCCCGUUAGGACCCGUGACUCAGGCAGUGCUGCCACCAAGGACCCCCUGGGGCCCCAUCCCACGGAGACGCUCCGAUGUCCCCUGUGCGGUCAAGUUGGGUUCCCCACUGAGGGAGACAGCUCAGGCCCAGCCACCUCUGGGGCAGAAAAGGCUGCCACGAGGAGAAACGCACCUGCAGCCUCCAGUCCCAAGCAGAGGAGCAAGCGGGCGGGGUCGCCGGCAGGGCCGCCCCCUGGACUGUGGUACCUGGCGGCCACGCCUCCAGCCGCGCCUCCAGCCUUCACCUACCUGUCCUCAGUUCCCGUCUUGCCUUACCCGCCAGCCACCGUGUACUAUGCGCCCCCAGCAGCACCUACCUCAGCCUCCUCAGGCACAGCCUGCGGUCGGGCAGCCCGAGGGUCCCGGCACUCCGUCCAGCUCGACCCGGCUGACCUGGAGGAGCUCAGCAGGGCCCUGAGCCAAGCCGUGCGGGCCGCCGAGAGCGUCCGCUCCACCAGCCGCCAGAUGAGCCGCUCGCUGUCGGCUGACCUGCGCCAGGUCCGCAGCCUGCGCGGCUCCUGCCUCUUCUGACUCUCUCUGGAGGCUCUGAGCCAGAUGGGGACAAGAGGGCAGGUGCCCCUGCGGACCCCCAGGCCAGGAGUCAGCUGCAACCACUGACGCCCACGUCCCGGGCGUGGUCUCCCUCCAGCAGGGGCCCCGCCUGCCCUGUCUCCCUGCAUCCAAACUGGAUGGGGCCUUGGCCUGCUCUCCUAGGGCAGUAACUUCCCAGGGGGACCAGCCCCCCAGGGAUGCUGUGACCAAGGCCACCUGCGCCUAGUGGCACCUCUGGGACUCUCCUGGUCCUGCAGAUGUGCCCCUCCCGCUAAUAAGAUGUCUUUUAUACACAGAUGGACAGUUUUCUAAACUGGGGCAUUUUCCUGGCCUUGAGUUCCCCUUAGGAGGAAAGGCCCAGACCCCUGGAGCAACCCCCACCCCCACCUCUGAGCAGCCUGGCGGGAGACCUGGCUCCUAGCAUUUGGGUACCUGUGGGCCAUCUUGGGACGUUGGAGCCCCAGCGGGACACGUGCCUCCUUCUCCCAGACUGCACAGGCCUCUCCGUGGGCCUCCUGGGAUGGACACCACCCCGUCCACACUGUCCCUCUCGGUGUGUCCUCCCGAGGCCCCAGCCCUUCCCAAGAUGCCAGCGGCGUUGAGAGUGGCCAGCUGCCUGCCAGGCCCCGGUCUGGGGCAGGACUGUGGCUGUGAGGCCUGGCCAUCUCCCACUCCCCACCCCAUAGCAGCGCAUACCUCAGCAUUUCUGGAAUGUGUGUGCAUCAGUUGAUGUAUGUAUAUUUGAGGCAUUAAAAAAUCUAUUUUCAUUAUAAGAGCAAA